AUGAAGUUCCUGAUCCCUGCUACCCUCGCCGUGGCUGCUGUGGCUUCGUCUGCUAACGCCCAAGAGUACUGCGGCCGCAACGACCUCAAGGUUGUUGGCGACUACACUGUGUACAACAACCUCUGGGGUCAGGACAACGACAAGACUGGCAAACAAUGCACUGAGGUGACCGGCAGCACCAGCACUUCCGUGUCGUGGCAAACCAGUUUCAACUGGGCCGGAGAUUCAUGGCAGGUUAAGUCGUUUGCCAACGCUGCGCUUAAGUUCCAACCUAAGCAGGUGUCUGCCAUCACCUCGAUGCCCACGACCAUGAAGUACGAGUACACUUACGAUGGCAACAUUAUCGCUAAUGUUGCCUACGAUCUGUUCACCAGUUCAUCCGAGUCCGGAGAAAUUGAGUACGAAUUGAUGGUGUGGCUCGCUGCUCUCGGUGGUGCUUGGCCAUUGACUGACAGUGGCAAACCCAUUAAAUCGGUCACUCUGGGCGGUGUCGACUUUGACCUGUACCAGGGCAUGAACAAGAAGGUCAAGGUGUUCUCGUACGUCGCCAAGAAGACCGCUAAAAGCUUCACGGCCGAUCUGAAGCAGUUCUUCGACGAACUUCCGGCUGACAACACUCUCCCCCAGACGCAGUAUCUGCAGAAGGUCGAGGCUGGUACCGAGCCUUUCCAGGGCAAGAACGCCAAAUUUGUGGUGUCGACCUACUCGGUGCAAGUCAAGUAA